CAAACCCAGGACCUUAUGCAUGUUAGGGUAGAAUACAGCUCAAACCUGAACCACAGUUGUGAUUGUUUGCAGCUUGCCUGAUGCUUGGGGUGUUAUUUUAAGAAAGCAGAAGCAGCAUCAUUUGCACGCUCCUUAUAGACACACACCUUGGCCCUGACUUUCUGGCUUCAUUGUUUCAAAAGUGAAGACAAGAUGAAGACAACCCACUUGCUGCUCUGGGGAGUCCUGGCCAUUUUUGUCAAGGCCGCCCUUGUAACUGGUGACAAGGAAAAGGUCCUUCUUGCUGACAACAAAUGCAUGUGUGCCCGAGUUACUUCCAGGAUCAUCCAGUCCAGCGAAGAUCCUAAUGAGGACAUCGUGGAGAGAAAUAUCCGAAUUGUUGUCCCUCUGAACAGCAGGGAGAAUAUCUCGGAUCCCACCUCUCCACUGAGAACGAAAUUUGUGUAUCAUUUGUCAGACCUCUGUAAGAAAUGCGAUCCUGUGGAAGUGGAGCUGGACAAUCAGGUUGUUACUGCCAGCCAAAGCACUAUCUGCGAUGAAGACAGUGCUGUUCCAGAGACCUGCUACAUGUAUGACAGAAACAAGUGUUACGUAAAUUUGGUCCCACUUAUGUAUCGUGGUGAGACCAAAAUGGUGACAUCAGCCUUGACCCCUGAUUCUUGCUACUCUGACUAGUUUGAGUCAUUGCUCACUAUGCAACUUUAUCUUUAGGGGCUCUCCAUUUAGAGAAGGAAUACUCACUGCUAAUGAAUUUGAAAUCAGGAUUUUUUUCCUUUUGAAAAACUAACAUUCCCUUUAUAUAGUUAAAUAUCAACACUGCAUCAUUAUUUUGUAAUUUUUCUCAAUUCUGUGUAUUAAAUUCUCAUGCCUGCCUGAGGAGGUAUUUUCAAGAGUUCAUUUCUAUUUUUCAAAAACAUAAACAAGGGGAGAAAGUAAAAUUCCAAGAAUAAAAAUUAAUAGGCAUGAUUAAAUUGAAUUAUUUUUCUUUCUUACUUUGCUGUGGAGAGCUGGAGCUUCUGCACAUUCUAAGUCUUCUUUCUUUUAAUGUCUCACUGUGUAGAGAAGACACACAUAUAAACAGAGGGCAGUUGCAUGUCUUCACUAGAAGGUGAAAGGGCAAAUUUUAAACUAUUUACUAAUAUUUGCAAAACCAGUUUGCUGAAAGUGAUAUAAUUUGAUGCACAAAUGAAAAAUUUUGACAUAACAAUAGACUUGGCACUAAAUUUUUUUGAUAAUUUUUUUUGACAAUCAGAUUAUUGUCUGAAAUUCUUAGAGGAAUCCUCUGUAUUGCAGCUGAAUCUAAUGAAAUUUGUAUUCCUAAAUAUGUAUUCUCUAGCACAGUUUGAACAAUUAAAUAGAUUAAUAAGCA